AUGGAGUUGACGUACGAUUUGUGGGAGAAAAUCUCGUAUUCUCUUGCUGACCAUCCACCAUCACUCUGCCUUCUCUCCAAGUCGUCUGCAAAACUUCGCGAUCUCGUCUCAUUCGUUAUCGGACAUUACGAGGCUCAUCUCCAUGUCACUUUCCCGAAAGACGAAUGUUGCGAUCACGCUGAAAAGAGCUCCAAGGAAAAGGUGCAAUUCGAGAUGAUUCUCAAUCGAAAAGGAGCCUAUCGACGUGGAAAAGCUCACUGCCAUUCGAUUUUCACGUGUAUCACCGAGAAGACCGAGGGAGCAAUUGAAGACCUGCUCGAGUUGUUUGCUCGAGAGUUAAUCACUCUUCGAUUCAACAACUUCCCGGAGGAUUCUGAUGUCUUUACUGUCUUCAACAAGUUCUCACUUCCAAAGUGUGAAGACAUCUGCUUCAAUGGAUCACUUCCAAUGCGAAACGGAGUGUUUGAUCUGUUCCAAUCGUGUCGUAAUGUGAAGAGACUUGUCAUCAGUAAUCCGAACAUGAACGCUGAUUUCACUCAAUUUUGGCCGAAGCUGAAAGGAAGUCGACUCGAGACUCUUGAUCUCAUGAUGCCACCAAGCUUGAAACAGCUCUUCUUCUGCCCAAAACAAGGAAUCGAGUGUCAGCAUGCUGAGAACAUCGCAACUCUCUUGUAUUCUGGAAGUUGGAAACGGGUUUAUAUCCAUUCGGAAAGCGUUCUCGAGGAAAUCAACAAGCGACUCUACAAACCGCUCAAGUCAGUGACCGAGUUCUGCUUCUCCUCGAAAGCUUUCACUGUCGACUACGUCAUCUCAUUCCUCAAAAAGUGCGAUCAAGUCAAGUGCUUCAACUGGUUCGGUCUUCAUUCAUGCGUUGCUCCAAUUGUCAUUGCACGUCUUCUGACUGACAUUCCACGUAGUAUCGUCUUUGGUGGCUGCGUGGCUUGUAAAAGUGGAGAAACCGUUGGAAACGGAGGAUUCAUGGAGGUCGGCAAUCGAGUCGCUGUCGUUCAAGUCACAAAACUUCUGGAGCGCGAGGAGUUCCGAGCUGUCUACGGAAGAACCUUGGCUGAUGCAGUGCUGUUCGAGCGUCCCUUCGAGUCCAACUCGGUCUCCGUCAUGUACAUUCAAAAGAAGGAUUCAGUUUGUGGUCCAAACUGUAUCGACAUUCACGAGAUUUCCCAGAAAGCUGGUCUUUUGCUUUAA